AUGUCGGAUGAGGUGAGUAUACAAGAGUCAAGGAAACGUGCAAGGGACAACGAUGAAGAUCUAGAGUUAGUUAUCCUAGUUAUAGGUUUUAUUAUAGUAGUUGUGGGGGCAAGGUAUGGUCAACGAUAUAGGGUGAAUGAAGUAACAUGGAAUGAGUGUGAGCGUGCACAAACAAGAGCUACAUGGAUGAAUACUUUGAGGAAUAAUAGAAUAUGCCGUGCGCAAUUGCGUCUCGACAUACGUUGUUUUGAGAAGUUGUGUCAUACAUUACAAUCAAAGGGGGACCUAAUGACUACAAGAAAUGUCACCAUAAAAGAAAUAGUUGCAUUGUUUCUUCAUGUCCUUGCACAUGAUUUGAAGAAUAGAACAAUGCAAGCCCUCUUUGCUCGUUCAGGAGAGACUAUAAGCCGCCAAUUUCAUGUGGUUCUUCGAUCUAUGCUCAAAAUAGGAAAGUAUUAUAUCAAGCCAGUUGACCAAGGUAUUAGCUAUGACGGGGAUAACAAGUGGAAGUGGUUUGAGGGAGUUCUUGGAGCUCUUGAUGGGACAGACAUUGAUAUGACGGUCCCUGUUGAGGAUAGAGCUCGUUAUCGAGAUAGGAAGGGGGACAUUAGCACUAAUGUGCUAGCUUCAUGUGAUCCAAACCUUCGUUUCACAUAUGUUUUACCUGGUUGGGAAGGAUCUGCAUUUGACCCUCGUGUUCUUCGUGAUGCUCUCCACAGGCCCAAUGGUCUAAAAGUACCAAGAAAUAGAUAUUUCCUUGUGGAUUUGGGCUUUACAAAUGGUGAAGGUUUCUUAGCUCCUUACAAAGGUACUCGGUACCACUUGAAUUUGUGGCGAGGAAACACUCCCACGAAUUACAAAGAGCUUUUUAACUUGCGUCAUUCGUCUGCAAGGAAUACAAUUGAAAGGGCAUUUGGACUAUUAAAAAAACGUUGGGCUAUACUUAGGGAUCCUAGUUUCUUUGAUAAAAAGACUCAAAUUAGAAUCAUCAAUGCUUGUUUCAUUCUCCAUAAUUUCUUAAGGGAGGAAAAUAUGGAGGAAACAAGACUUAUACAUGAGGUAGACCAAGACUUACUUGAUGCGGAGCCAAAUGAUGAUAUAGAUGAAGAUGAUGAUUUCAUUUCAACCGCCCGGUCAACAAAUGAGUGGAAUAAUUUUAGAGAUGAUCUUGCUAAGAAAAUGUUCGAGGAGUAUCAAGUGCGAAGGGUUCAAGCUAUUUGAAUAUGUCCUUGUCCUUUUGUUUUUCUUAAUUCUUAU